CCGCCAGCCGCUCCCACCGCUUCCCUGGCUGCAUCGCCCCGUGUCUCCCCCUGCCCUUCCUUGCCGAGUCGGGGGCAGCAAGGGUUCAAUGAUCAUUCAGAAUCUGAAGUGGAGGAAUCUGCAUACCACCAGCUUCUGGACCAACUUAGGACCUUAGGACACCUAUAGUUGAAUCCUCACCAUCACUGGAUGACUCACCUUGUGUGGAAGCACCAACAUCUGCAACCCAGACAGCUGUAGUGGAAUUGCCAGUGUCUGCAGACCAGUUGGCUGUCAAGAAGCCACCACGUUCUGAGCACCAUUUCCUGCUCAUUGUAUAGUCUGCAUCCAGGGAAUGCUCACCUGAGAUCAGAUCACCUGUGGGUAAACUUCCAGGUUUCAAAGUCAAGAUGUACACCCCUGAAUCCACACAGGAUGGCAGUAACACCGUUGAGACUGUGUUGUCAGCAGCAGAGAUUACAUUUGAAUCAUUGGAGAAUCCAGAGGCUUUUGCAGACCCCUAUCAAAAUGCCAUGGAUUAUGUGGAGGAACAUAAAAUUCUACAGAUAUUUCAGGCUAUCACAGAAAAACUGCUGAUCCAUAAGCCUGGUGACCCCUUGCAGUUCAUAUUGCAGGAGGUGCAGUCUAUGAUAGAUGCCAGGCAAGCAGAACCAGAGAGACAGGAGGAAGAGAACAAAGAUGUGUAGGUGCUUCUAGAAGAGGGCUUGUGCACUCCUUUUGGCCCCCACUGACCUUGCUGUUGUGGUAUUGCCACACCAUGCCUUCAGAGCACCGUGUAGUCAUUGGCAAUAACGUGGAAAAGAUCUGCUUAUCUGUCUCUU